CUGAGGCUCUUUGAAAAAAUUCUUUCGCUAUUUCGAGUGGGGAACUUUAUAUCGCUUUUAAACAUAUUUAAUUUAUUUUUGUUAGUCCGCUUUUGUCUCUCGUCUCUAAAAUAUUCAUUUAAAACAUGAUUUAGUCCGUCAUCAGUCAUUGUUUACAUAAAAACUUCCAAACUGUUUAUUUCUUUUACAUUUCCGCAACUCAUUCACCAACGGAUAGAUUUCGAGCAAAAUUUUCGAUUUUGCGGAUUCAAUGAUUUCGUAAUUAGCGACAUCUAUUAGCAGCGUAAUGUAUUUUUUCGAGUCGUUAUAAUAAUCAGUUACAUCUUUAAAUUUGAAUCACUGCAAAAAAACUAUGGAAAAAGAAUCAAUUGGUGAUCAUAAUGAAAAUUCUAUUUUGAAAUUGCCAAAAGAUGUGGGCUUAUAUUGGAUACACUGCAACCGUUGCUUUGAAAUAUAUAUACGAAAGCGAAGGAGGAUAUUAAUGUUGUCUUGUAAUCAUAUGAUAUGUGAAAAAUGUGCCACAACGCCCUCCAUUAACCAUAUAAAUGUAUCUAGUGAAGUAAAUUGUCCGAUUUGCAAGAAAUUACAACGUUAUCGCGUAUUAUGCAACGUAAUGCCGGCUCAUGCAAAGCAGCUUCUAAAUCCAGAACCAUGGCGUGAACCAAAUGAACGCAUCUUGAAUUUUCAGGCCAAACACAGAGACAGUUUUAAAAAUGGCGUGUUUCGUAGGCUAUCUGAAGUGGAGAAAGUAAAUAGAAAGUGUCAAGCUUUGGAGAAUAUUUCAAAGCAGAAGUACGAAAGAUAUGAACAAUUGCGAAAUCAGCGCAAACAACUGGAGAGAGAGGUGCUUAAAAUGAAGAAGCUUGAUUUACAGCCUAAACGACAAUAUUUUCAAGGUACAGUUGGAGAUGCAUUUGCAGGAGUUAAGCGAGUAAAAGCUAAUAUGCACUCUCAUAUAAGUGGACAUAAUUUAUCACACACUGGUCAACAUAAUACAUUCCCAUUAAAUUUAUUUUAAAUGUGGUAAAUGUAAUUAAAAGUAUGAAAUAUUGGAACUAUUUUUGAUUAUCUUUUGUUAUCAAAUCGAAAUAAAUAUUAUUUUUGAAGUGAAAAUCAUCAUUUUGGCUUAAUUCCGAAUUGAGAGACCUAUUCAAAAUUGUAUAAUAAUUAAUGCAUUUAAAUUUAAAGUGGAUUUUAAGGAUCGUAGCAGGCAUAAGCGCAAAAUUAAUAGUUCCACAACUCCUAAUACUUACUUACUAUUUAUCGCUUAUAAUGAAGUUGAAUAAUGGGAAACAACGAACCGGUUACUUGUAGCAAUAAUAAGUACGUACACAAAGCUUAAUAAUCCCACCUUUGCACGAAUAAUGUGUAGUACGUUCAAGCUUGACGUACGAAACUGGUUUUAAAAUGAAUUUUAUGUUUAAAGCUAAAAGCACUGAGUUAUUUGCUUGAUGAUGUUAGAGUUGACGCUAAACGCGUAGGUUCUUAUAACUUGGCAAUAAUGAAAAGCUUUCUGCCGUAGAAAUGAGAAAAUGGAGAAUAGUUAGUUUGUUUAUACAUAUACAGCGAACAAAGUAGACAUCUAAGAUUCGCGAAAUUUUUUUCAGCUGCAUUUCGUAUUGGAUUAAAAUAUAUAAAAUUUUAUUAUAAUAAGUUUUAAAUGCAACGGAAUUCUAGGCGUAAGAUAUUCAAUUAAAGAUUUCAAUAUUUAACCUUGAU